AUGAAACUAAAUCUGAUACAUGAUAAAGAAGAAGACCAAAAUGAAAUUGAAUCUAAAUACCUAUGAAACGUUCACUUAUUUUCAGCAUGGACAACAAUAUGAAGGCUCAACCUAUCUACGCUUUCAAUUGAUGGAUCCUUUGGCUAUCAUUUUAAAAAUUAUUGAAUGAGACCUAUAAUGACUCUUCCUAAUAAUCAGUUUUUAGGGAUGUACAUUGAUACAUAUCGCUAUAAAAAGGUCUAUUUUAUAUCAGACGAAAAUUUUAGUACUCAAAUAAUAGAUAUUGCAGAAGCAGAGCCUUUGAACAAUAGUUAUGAUUUCGUCUCGUGUUUUUAUGACGAUUCUAUUUUUAUCUUUGAAAAUGAAUUGAAAAUCUCAACACAAGAGUGCAUUGCUAAUCAUGCUAAAAGAUAUUUUAUUACUCAAAAACGCUGGGUUAUGCUAGCAAAUUACCAUUUUGGUAACGUUAUUUCAUGCUUAGGCUUUAACCAAAAGAUUGUCAUGAUAUAUAAACAAACUAAUUGACUUAUAGUAUAUGAUAUACUUUUGGAUUCAUAUAAUUCUUAUUUGCCUAUCAAAGACACUGGGAAUAGUGAGGUAAAAGCAAUAUUUAUAGCUUAGACUACAUAUAGAUCACCCUAGGCUAUAGAAUAUCCUUUUAACUGUUAGUUUGGCUCGGUAAUAGCAGUUUUAAAGUGAGUAAUAUAAGAUGAAUUGCUAAUAGUGGAAGUUAAAUUGGCAACUGUUGCUGUUCGAAUCAUUCCGUCAGUUCUAAUGACUUUCUAUAGCCAAGGGAGAUCUAUAAAAAGGCAUAGGCAAUAAAACUGGAGGAAGACUUUACUUGAUAAGCUAUUCAAAAAGUUAUAAAAUUCAUGUUACUGACGAUAUUUAUUCAGAAUGGACUUUUGUGUAUAAUUUUAAAGAUAAUUCUCACGAUUGGUUCUUUGAUGCUAGAGCAUUUUAUCAGGGGUCUAUUUAUUUACUUAGCAGACUCUACUUUAAUACAUUCAAAUUUAAGAUGACAAAUUUUGAAUUUAAAAAAUUUUUAGAAAUAAAAGACUCUCAUGUCGGUGAGGAAAUUCAAAAAUUUAGAAUUUUUAGUAUACUUAUUAACACUUCAGCUUAA